UAUACCUACAGAAGAUCUCCGUUUUCGUUCUUUCGAUUAAACCAACGGAAUGCCUUUUAAAGUCGCCGAGGACGGCGACAUCUCCGGUAGUGAUUCCGAUGAUGGUUUUGAUGAAGACAUGGAGGCUCUACGAAGGGCUUGUAUGCUAACGGGUACAAAUCCUGAUAAUCUCCUAGGUUCUGCUUCCUCCGCUAAUGUCGAAGCCCAUGUACACGCACCAGAUGGUGCCUCCGCCGCUCCCAUGGACACGCCUGAGGUGGAGGAGGAUGAGGAGGACGACUUUGAAAUACUACGCAACAUACAACAACGGUUCUCGGCAUCCGCCAAUAGGGAGACACCUAUCUCGCGAUUGCCUCUGAUGAUGCUUCCACCUGCUUCUUCGGACCAGGAUGAUGACGAUUUCGAGACCCUUCGAGCAAUCCAGAGGCGUUUUGAGUGUUAUGAUAAGAACAGCUUACAAGGCAUUGCGGAAAGUGAUUUAGACCGACAUCAUGACCAAGCUCAUAACAACAACAAAACACAUAAUGAGGUGCCCUUAUAUGAAAGUAAUGUAGAAUCUUCAGAUAUCAAUGAAACGCCUCAGAGUUUAGAAUUAUGUGAUGUGUCGCAUAAAUCAGAGACAACAGAUUUUGCUACAUUUCCAGCUAGUGAGUCUGGGUUCCCAAAGCAAGCAAAUGCAUUUGUUGUUGCUAUCAGAAAGAACAGAGCUUGUCAGAAACUUCUUCGUAGCAAGCUCAUUCAGAUUCAAAUGAAAAUUGAAAAUAACAGGAAGUUGUCGGAACGUGUUAAAAUUUUGAAAGAUUUUCAAGUUUCCUGCAAAAAACAAGUUGGAAAAGCCUUGUCACAGAAGAAAGAUGCUCGUAUCCAACUGAUUGCAGUUCCAAAGCCAAGGCCUAAUCAGGUGGGAGAGAAAAAAGCAUUACCUUUGAUUUGUGGCCCUAUUGAGAAUGCUCAAGUUUGCAGAUAUAGGAAAGUAUUGGAAGCAUUACCAGCCUCUUUAAGUCGAGAAAAGUGGUCUGAGGAAGAAAGGCAGAAUCUUGCAAAAGGAGUGAAACAGCAAUUUCAAGAGCUCUUGCUUAAAAAAUCAGUUGAUCUAUUAAGUGAUUCACAGAGUUAUGUUGGAGACUCAAAUGAUGUUGAUAGUAUCAUCACAUCAAUUAGGGAUCUUGAAAUUACCCCCGAGAAUAUCAGGUCAUUUCUACCCAAAGUCAAUUGGGAGCGACUAGCUUCUAUGUAUUUUCCAGGUCGUCGUUCUGGGCCAGAAUGUGAAGCAAGGUGGCUGAACUGUGAAGAUCCUUUAAUCAAUAACCAUUCUUGGACUACAGUUGAAGACAAAAAGCUCUUACAUAUUAUUCAACAAAAUGGAGUUUGUAACUGGAUUGAUAUUGCUGUAUCUCUUGGAACAAAUCGAACUCCUUUUCAGUGCUUGACACGGUAUCAAAGAAGUCUUAAUGCUUCAAUAAUGAAGAGGGAAUGGACGGAAGAAGAAGAUGAAAAACUCCGAGCUGCUGUGGAGACUUAUGGUGAGAGUAACUGGCAGUCUGUUGCCUACACUCUUGAAGGGAGGACUGGAACACAAUGCUCUAACAGAUGGAUGAAGACCCUUCAUCCAGCUAGGCAAAGAGUAGGAAUUUGGACUGAAGUUGAAGAUGUACGACUGGACGUGACUGUGAGGAUUUUUGGACCAAAAAAUUGGAAAAGGAUUGCCGAAUUAGUUGGUGGUAGAACUCAAGUGCAGUGUAGAGAAAGAUGGUUCAAUUCCUUGGAUCCUUCUCUAAAUAAGGGUAAAUGGAAUGAAGAAGAAGAUUCAAGGUUGCUGGCAGCAAUGUCUGAGCAUGGACACUGUUGGUCUAAGGUUGCUGCUUCUAUGCCAGGACGUACUGAUAGUUUGUGUCGUAGGAGGUGGAAGUUAUUGCUUCCGCAUGAAGUGCCUUUACUCCAAGAAGCCAAAAUGAUACAGAAGGUAGCCCUAAUUUCUAACUUUGUAGACCGUGAAUCCGAAAGGCCAGCCCUUGGGCCUACUGAUUUUGUUCUACCAUCAGGAAUGAAAUCUAUUUCUCAACCUGAAAAUGUUCGGAACAAAAAGCCAAUUAGAAGCAGGAAAAUAUCAAAUAGGUAUGCUGUUAACAAUCUUCCUGAGUGGGAGGCCUCAAGUAUAUUGGCUAUAACUAACAAAGAAGAUAAAGGGUCUAAGAGAACUUGUAAACCACAGCCAAGGAAGAAAAAGUGUGUCUUAGAAGAAGACAAUGCUUCUUUAGAGACCACAUCGACACAAACUCCCGGGGAGGCCUCAACCAUAUUGGCUAUAACUAACGAAGAAGAUAAAGGGUCUAAGAUAACUCGUAAACCACGACAAAGGAAAGAAACGUGUGUCUUAGAAGAAGGCAAUGUUUCUUUUGGGACCACAUCUACACAAACUCCCGGUGAAGCCUCAAUCAUAUUGUCCAUAUCUAACGAAGAAGAUAAAGGGUCUAAGAGAACUCGUAAACCACGACAAAGGAAAGAAAAAUGUGUCUUAGAAGAAGGCAGUGUUUCUUUUGAGACCACAUCUACACAAACUCCCAGGGAGGCCUCAAGUAUAUUGGCUAUAACUAACGAAGAAGAUAAAGGGUCUAAGAGAACUCGUAAACCACGUCAAAGGAAGGAAAAGUGUGUCUUAGAAGAAGGCAGUGUUUCUUUUGAGACCACAUCUACACAAACUCCCGGGGAGGCUUCAAGUAUAUUGGCUAUAACUAACGAAGAAGAUAAAGGGUCUAAGAGAACUCGUAAACCACGUCAAAGGAAGGAAAAGUGUGUCUUAGAAGAAGACAAUACUUCUUUAGAGACCACAUUGACACAAACUCCCGGGGAAAAUAUUACUUUGAAGGUUCCUAAACAACGGAAAAGGAAAGACAAAUGUGUCCAGCUGACUAAUAAAGCUUCGACAAGGCCUGAGAAGCUUCCUACCAGACGUUGUAGUCGAACCGUAACAAAACACAUCGAUCAAGUAAAUAAUGGCGAUACAAAAAUUUCUGGGGAAAAUAUCGAGAAUUUGGGGGACGUUAUUGUCUAUUCACGCAAGAGGAAAUUAAUAAGUUCUCCGGCAGUGGCCGAACAUUGUAGUGAACCACCAACUCAUGAUUGCUUUGGCCAAGGAAUGGAAGGAAAUAGUAGUGAACCACCAACUCAUGAUUGCUUUGGCGAAGGAAUGGAAGGUGAAGUUGAAGAUGAUACGACUCUCGCUUGUUUUAUAGGUCAAAGAAAGCCAACAAUUCAUCAUGCAAUAAUGAAAGGUGUAGCUGACGAUGAUAUGACUCUCGGUUGUUUUAUAGACAUUGCAAGAAAUAAGAGAAAUCUCAAAAGGAGAAGAAGACAUUGAGUUGAUUUGUGUAAGGAUAUGAAGUACUUUAGGUAUUUGUUUCUUUUCUUUUCUGGUUAUGCAAGUUGCACAAAUAUAUGAUAGAGUUGAAGUAUAGGUGACAAUUUUUCGAGAUGGGUUGCAUAGUGAGCGCCUUAACCAAAUAUUUGUCGGGCAAAGCUUGGAAGGUAUUUUUAUGCAAGAACAUACAUAUAUUGUAUAAUGAUCAUUGUUUCUCAAAGUAUCCAUGUCAAAAGUACAUAUCAGAAAUGAGACGAGUUAUUCUAU